AUGCCUACUGUUCACCUCCUUGACUACGUGGCGGGCAAUAUCCGCUCGUUGGUCAAUGCGAUCAACCAGGUUGGAUACGAGGUGGAAUGGGUCAAGACACCCGAAGACGUCAAGAAUGCCGAUAAAUUGAUCCUUCCCGGUGUCGGUCACUUUGGCCAUUGCCUCUCGCAACUAGAACAAGGUGGUUUUCUGGGUCCGAUUCGGGAGCACAUCAGAUCUGGCAAGCCUUUUAUGGGAAUUUGUGUCGGUGUGCAGGCUCUAUUUGAAGGCUCAGAAGAGGACCCCAAUGUUCCGGGUUUGGGAGUCAUUCCUAUGCGCAUUGAGAAGUUCAAUGACACCUCUAAGAGUGUGCCUCACAUCGGUUGGAACUCCGCGAUGAACACCCAGAUUGAGGCCAAGAAGCAGAGCUUCUAUGGCUUAAGACCGACGAGCAAGUACUACUACGUCCACUCAUAUGCUGCACUUUACAAACCGGGCGUUCUAGAAGCAGACGGAUGGUCAGUUGCGACGGCUACCUAUGGCGAAGAGGAGUUCAUUGGUGCGGUCAGCCGAGGGAAUGUCUUUGGGGCACAGUUCCAUCCCGAAAAGAGUGGUGUGGCUGGACUUCGCGUGCUUCGAGCAUUUCUGAAUGGUGACCAAUUCCAGUCCCUGCCCCAGGAGAUGGUCGCUGCUAAGGUGGACGGAUUGACUCGUCGUGUCAUUGCCUGUCUGGAUGUGCGCGCCAACGACAAUGGCGAUCUUGUGGUCACCAAGGGCGACCAAUACGACGUGCGAGAGAAGAGUGGCGUGGACGCCGGUGGUCAAGUCCGCAACCUUGGUAAACCGGUCGAUAUGGCCAAGAAAUACUAUGAACAAGGAGCCGACGAAGUCACAUUCUUGAACAUCACAUCCUUCCGCAACUGCCCCGUAGCAGACACACCCAUGCUGGAGAUUUUGCGAAGAACCUCCGAGACGGUCUUCGUGCCUUUGACUAUCGGUGGAGGUAUCAGAGACACCGUGGACACUGAUGGUACUGCCAUCCCGGCGCUGGACGUCGCGACCAUGUACUUCAAGUCCGGCGCUGACAAGGUCAGCAUUGGCUCCGACGCUGUUUUUGCCGCUGAGGAUUAUUACGAGUCCGGUCUCAGCGGAAAGACUGCCAUCGAGACCAUCUCCAACGCCUACGGCAAACAAGCCGUGGUGGUCAGUGUCGACCCGAAGCGCGUCUAUGUCGACCGACCUGAAGACACCCCUCACCACACAUUGAAGACGGCAUAUCCCAAUGCUGCUGGCCAAGGCUAUUGCUGGUACCAGUGCACCGUCAAGGGAGGUCGAGAGACUCGUAACCUGGAUGUGCGCCAGCUUGUCCAGGCGGUGGAGGCCAUGGGAGCUGGCGAAAUUCUUUUGAACUGCAUUGACAAGGACGGCAGCAACUCUGGCUUUGACCUGGAAUUGAUCAAUGAUGUAAAGGCGGCCAUCAAAAUCCCCGUCAUUGCCUCCAGUGGCGCAGGUGUACCGGACCACUUUGCCGAGGUCUUUAGCAAGACCACAACCGAUGCUGCUCUGGGUGCUGGCAUGUUCCACCGCGGUGAAUAUACCGUUUCCCAGGUCAAGGAUCACCUGCAGACCGAGGGAUUCCUCGUCCGUCAGUUUGAGGCGGACCUGUGA